AAGGAAGGAGCGAGAAAUUUCUUAGUAAUUACGAGUAACAGAUAAGAACAGAAAAAGAAUGACAGGUUUAGAUGUUUACAUUACAAAUGUACAAUGCUCAUGGAAGCCUUUUUACUAUCUUCACCUCACUUCCUUGCCAAUCCAAUGCGUGCACGUUAAGGGACCCUCCUCGUGUAAUAUACAUAUAUAUGCAUGCAUAAUACACUACUAAUUAUAUACGGAGUACUACUCAAAAUAUAUUCAAUUAUAUCACUUUUUUUCCCAAAAAAAUAAAAUAAAAAAGAAGAAGAAGAUCGGAUCAUUAAGAUAAGAUAUGAACGGCGAAGAUGAAUGGAGGUAUAUGAUCGUACGGCCAGAAAAGGCUGGAAUUAGGGAUUUAUGGAAGUUUUGGAGAAAGGGAGAUAUUAAAAGUGGAUCCAAAUUUAUAUUGAGUAAUAGUUGUUGUGAUGAUGAUGUAAUUCAAGAAGAUGAUUAUGAAGAAUUAGAUUUAGAAGAGUGGAGGUUAUUGUUUGAUGGGAAGGAUAAUAGAUGGGUGAUAAUUGUAUCAAUUUUAGUAAGAAGGUUGAUUAAAUUAUUUGGUAAACCCUUGGAAUUAAUUGGUAAUUUUGUGGAUUUCUCCCUUAAUCUCCUUUCUCUUAAUUGCAAUCUCUUUCGGCUUGCCUCCAAUUUUCUCCAAGGUAAGGUGGUGAUUCCAGAAAGAGGCACAACGACAUUCGUAAGCUCAAUUGGACAUUUGGAUGGGCGAAUCGACUUGAACAAGACAGAUAAUUUUGGAGAAGGAUCAUCAUCAAGUAAUUCGAGAAUAGAGAUAGAGAACAAAUCACUAAUGGACCUUUGUGUUAUGGCAUCAAAGUUAGCUUAUGAAAAUGCUAGUGUGGUCAAAGAGGUUGUAGUUAACCAUUGGAAGAUGCAUUUUGUGGAGUUUUAUGAUGGUUGGAAUGAUUACCAGCAGAAGAAGUCCACCCAAGUGUUCAUCCUAUGUGACAAACCAGAAGAUGCUAACUUCAUACUAAUCAGUUUCAGGGGCACUGAACCUUACGACGCUGAUGAUUGGAGCACAGAUUUUGAUUACUCUUGGUACGAGAUCCCAGAGCUAGGAAAGCUUCACAUGGGUUUCUUAGAAGCCUUAGGUUUAGGCAACCGAGCUGAUACCCCUACAUUCCGACGUAACCUCCUACAGAAGAACAGCAACGUUGCUUCUAUGCCGGAUAUGGCAGAGUUAACAGCCUACAUUGCUGUCAAAACCAAGCUCAAGGAAUUAUUACAACAGCAUAAGAACGCGAAAUUUGUUGUCACAGGACAUAGCCUAGGUGGGGCUCUUGCAAUCUUGUUUGUUACGGUGUUGAUCUUACACAAGGAGAUUGAAAUGAUGGAGAGCUUGUUGGGUGUGUACACUUUUGGACAGCCAAGGAUCGGAGAUGGUAAACUAGGGAUGUUCGUGGAAGAACGACUUAAUAAGCCUAAGAUUAGCUACUUUCGGGUUGUUUACUGCAAUGAUGUUGUUCCUAGGCUACCUUAUGAUGAUAAAACAUUCUUGUAUAAGCAUUUUGGUGUUUGCCUCUGAAAGUCUAACUGGCUAAUACAAGAGGGGGGGUGAAUUGUA